UUUUGGGGGAAACAAAUGCUGCCUCCGAAGGCUCAUCAAGCGAGAGCAAAAAGCAGAACAAUAAGAGCUGGCAAAAAAGGGAUAGCGAAGUUGAAGAGCAGCGGGAGUGGGUCACUUGCCUCUAGAAUGGCAGUUGAUGCUAACAAGAAAAGUGGACCGAAGUCUUUAUCUACUACUUCUAAGAGCGCGCCGUCAGCACCUAGCACAAUAACUACAUCCUUCUUAAGUUCUUCUACAACAACUGUGGCAGAGUCCAUGCUGAAGGUUCUAGAGGUUUUGAGAAAGCAAAUCUCACAGCAAGUCCAGCUAGGAUCCAGCGCGCGCAAGGACGUCUUUGCGAGUACGAGAACGAAGGGUGGAGGUGAAGCCUUUAAUUUCACGAAUCCUUUGCUGGGACAACAUUAUGAGCCGAGCACGCUUUUUUGCAGUUAAAUCUUAUCUUGUUUUUAGAUGCUCAAUUCUGUGAGAGGGGCUGUUGCCAAUUUUUCAAAAAUGCAUUGUGACGCAAGAUUCACCACUCUUUCUGCCUUUACCGGCGAACGACCGCGGUAAAUCUGUAAGCGGCUUAAAAGAUGUAAGUAACCACAUUUCUAAUCCUUGUUGUGACACAUUUCUAAUCCAAAGACCGCGCUCGGCGCUCUAACCAUGCGCGUUCGAUCGUGGCGAUCGUCGAUGGCCUUGCGCGAUUGCGGUAUAAUGAUCCAGAUUUGAUGUCAGUUCUCGGACAAGAAGUCUGUCGGAACCUAUCCUUCUUGACUGCGCCAUCUUUGGUCAUCUUAGCCGAAGCCUUCAGCCUUUUGCAUCUCUACGAGAAUCACUUCCUCUGGCGUGUUUUCACCGAUGAAUUAUGGGACAAGCGGAAGGACUUUGGACACCACAACCUGGCGAGACUGCUAGUUGCAUUGCAUAAAUCCCCAUUUUACGUGGAAGCGAGGCUGGCGUAUGCAGAGAAGGCACAGGUGGGAAGAGGAAACAGGGAUGAUGCUAGUUGUACCUCCAUGCAGCAGAUAACCUCAGGAGGGGGAGGAGGCAAGAAGAUGAAAAGUCAGUUGCAAGAUGGCUUAUCCCCCAGACCUCCAGGAGGACUGACUUCGAGUGGAGUAUCUGCCAAUGUUGGUGCUUUGUUCGAGCAUUUUCUGGAAACGUUACCACAGAAACUGCCACACCAACGGAAAAAAUGGAGUCCGUAUGUCCUGGCGCAGAUCUUAAGGACGUAUUCAGAAUGGGGUCUUGGUGCUGAGCAUGGAAGGGUCGCGUUACAAGGGGGCGGAAAUGACCAAGACGGACAGGGAGGUGGAGAGCUAGAGGUUGCGCGACAAAUUUUCUCAUCUGGUCAAAGCCAAGUAGGCGCGAAUGAUGGAGGAAGCUCUGCGUCUGCAGCUACAGGAGGAUUCUCAAGUUCAAGUCGUAGGGACUAUAGGAUUGACGUGCUGUUUCGGCAUAUUGGAGACAUUUUAGCUCUGCGUGGUCCGAACCUGGAUGCGCAGACAUUGAUGCUUGCGUGUACAAGUUUUGCACAACAGUUAAGACGCGGGUGAAAGUGUUGACUGGUGAUGGUGGCAGUGUCUAGUGUGAGCCUGGUCAGUACUAGGUAGUUUUUAGUCUCGUCCUUACAGCUAUGAUCAUGGGCGUUCCACUUGAUCUUGGCUGGGACUAAAAUCAACAACAUUUACAACAUAUUAUUAGACUCACAUUGACAUUAAAAAUGGCAGCAGCAGCACUACUGCACCAGCCUUUUCUAAUCACGAAUAUUCCACAUGGCGUUCUGUUUCAAAACGCUCCGAAACUACUGGAACAAAGGCCUGCUUAUGCUUCCAUAUCGCAGACUAUACGGAUAGCGCAUGCUUACGCGCUGCUAGGCAUGGCACACGAGAGCCUGUUUGAUACUCUGACCGCAAAGUUGGCCUGGCACUAUGGCCUAGAUGUGGAAAAAGAUACUAUGAUCAAGGCUGGUAGCAAUAGUGCUGAAUUUUUGAAGCACUUGGAAAAGACAGCAGCUCUGGAGAUGUUGGAGGAGGAACAAGAGGACAUGGAAGGUGGGAAAACGGAGGCGGAAGACGAGGAUAAAAGUUUGAAGGACGACGUUGAGACUUCUUCUGAAGAAACGACGAGCCCCGGCGCAUCAGUAUCAGAGCUUAGCAGUAUUUCCGAAAAGAAGAAGCAAAAAUCUUCCACGACCUCCAGAAGUAGAGGCAAAAGAAAGAAGCUAUCCCUCCAGUCACUCUUUUGGUGUCUUGACGCGUACAUGCGAGUGUCGCGUUCGGAGCCGAAAGUUCUCAAAAAGGUGGCCACAGACUUGGCUAGGAGGGCAGACUUGUAUCAAAGCGCGAAGCUUUCCCGUGAGGCACUCUUUCUGGUCAGAAACGUUUUGGCACCUCAAGAUUAUCCGAAAAGAUUGGAAAAGAGACUAGAAGUAACGAUUUUGGAACUCGAAGAAGGUGGACGACGGGAUAAUGCGAGGAUGCUGCAGAUUCCAGAUCAUGGAAGUAGUGGUGAUAAGAAGAAGGACGCGCUUGUAGAACUGAUGGAGGGGAGAGGGUGAGCGUGAGGAUUGUAUCAUGGCUACGGGGAGGACUUUGAUAGUGAAGAUGAGACCGACGCAUCAAUUCACUUGUUUAUAUAUAGUUGCGCAUCUUCAUUUUUGUUUUUUGACAGGACAGGGUACAACCUGAUACAGCAGGUGCAACAACUUAGUUCUAGUUGAUUUCAAGCAGCCAUGGCCUUCAAAACCGAGAGAAUACAAAACCGAGAGAAUAAAAAUUCGCGGCUUAAUUUAACUUGCUGCUCGUUGUCGCGUCAUGGGAGAGAGCUAAAA